AAGCAGCUGUGUGGAGGUGUGUAGUCAGAGAGUGUUAGCAGCAGACACAGUCAGACAGUGGAGCUUUACUGAGGCUGAGGAGUUGUUUUAAUCUCUCCUAGGUAAAUAACAAACCAGCAGCAGACUUUGGAAUUUGGAAAGGCUCAUUGGGCACUUACGCAGGAAGAGUGCAAGCUGCAGAUUCCAUAGAGUGGCUUUUUUUUCUUUCCAGAACCGUAAGUGGAAUAAGCGUACCUGAAACUGAUAUGCCAACUGAAAUCUCUCAUGCCGUAAGAAUGCAUGCCAUCUCGGACUUCCCUUUGACAGUGCGACUCCUCAGCAAGGGGCCAGAGUACCUUCGCAGACAGAUGGAGGCAGGCACCCCAGGCAGGAAAAGUGCUGUGGAAAGACUGGCAGCUGAUAAGGCCAAGUAUGUAAAAAGUCAGCAUGUAAUCAGCACUAAGCAGGAACCCGUCAUCGUGCUCAGCUCAGCCUCAGAGAGCAGCAGUGAGAGCUGUUCAGUGGAAAACAAAAAAAUCAACAGGGACUUUGGUGGAGGGAAAGGCACAAAAAACUUGGAACCAACUAAAGCAAUGUAUUCCUGCAGUGCUCCCCUGGAACCUGAUCCACCCAUAGCGAGGCGCAGCAGCUCCAAGAGGCAGGUACGGCCAGACUCCCUAGUGAUCUACCGCCAGAAAUGUGAGCUUGUGAAAGGUCAAAGCAAUGAGAGGUCACGAGGAGGCCUGGUGAGGCGGCUGUUCCAGGGGUCCAUGAAGGAGAAGCUGUCGACUUCCCCUGAGAUGCCCAGCAUAAUUGGGGAGGGCCUCACACCAGAAAGUGAAGAGACAGUAUCCACCAAACAUGCCGCCAAUGGGCCAAACAGCCGUGUAGGUGAGCAUGCUGCCCCUGCAAACACAGAAGCACCAGCUAUUCCUGAGCGUGAGGACUCCUCACAACUGACUGUUGCUCCUGAUGAGGUCAAGGACAUCAGGAGGAAAGGGCUGCAUCGCUCCCAGUCUGAUAUCAGCUCUCGCUAUUCCAAGUCUUUCUCUGAGUUUGACACUUUCUUUAAUUACUGUGGCCUUGAACCCGAGGUCGUUGAGGAUCUGGGCAGAGAGAACUUCUCUGUGAUUUCUGACAACGUCUCCUUCAGGAUCCGCAGCAUCAGCGUGGCAACAUCCGAGAGUGACUUCACAAGGCACAGUGGGGACGAUGGGCUGUUGGAGGAAGAACUGACUGAACAGGUCCCCAGCACCACUUCAGUGAUUGAGCGCAAUGCUCGGAUAAUCAAAUGGCUAUAUACUUGUAAGAAAGCCAAGGAGACUAACAACAUGCUACGAGAGCUUGCGUGAAGGCUUCUCCUUUCAGCAUGCAUUACAGCCUGGUAAACUCAAGAAUGAAAACAUUCCCUGAGAUGGCGGCUCACUAAACAGGACACAGACAGAUAGACCCACAGCAAACUCUUCUAUCAUCUGGCUUAUGACAAAUCUGUGCAAAUUUAUCAACUUCCUGUUGCCCUCCGACCCAUCUGCAGGCUCACUCUUUGUCACAAGCACAUGUGUGUACAGAAGUACAACAGCAAGAGGAAGUUACAAACUGAGACGGAGGGAAAUUAAAGCUUCUAGAAGAGCAGAGGCAGGUUUAGGUGCUAAAAUAUCUGGUAAAACCAGAAAGAGGUCAGUGCACUAGGAUGUCAUCCUAAAUGUGAGGGAAGGUUGGUGUGGCAUGUCUGGCUCUGACUGAUGGCGAAUCUAUCAGCAAGACCGGGGAAGAAGAAAGUGGGAACUAAGUGGCAAUGACCUCUAGGUCAGGCAUUUCUUGGCAGGGAGGCUCCACCUACACUUCCAAAGAAAGUGUGUUAACAGGACUUUAAACCUGGCUCACAUUGACGUGAUUUCAGCACACUCUGUCUGGCUGGUGACAGUGGACCAAACAUGACAGUUUUAUAAACAGUAUUUGAAGCUAGCAGUACAUCAGAUUCCUUCUUAGGGUUGUCUAGAUUGAGGUUUAAGGCAAACUAGAGAACCAUGUUCUCCAACUAGACCAGGCUGAUAAGCCAGUGGGGAUGGAAGGCUAAAAUCAUGUUUCACAUAUGGUCUUGGGCAUAGUCCCAAAGCCUAGUAUGACACAGGGAAAGUAAAUCCACAUUCCAUAUUAGACAGGACCAGUGAUGAGCUGCUAAAAUCUUAACAACCGGUUCUCUAUAAAGUUCUGAUUUAAGAGAGGUGCCAGAGCAUGUAUUUUUUGUACCAAUAGGGUUACCAUACGUCCAUAUUUU